AAAAGAGAGAUUAAUUUACAUUAAAAGAGGUUGCAUUUACAAACAAAUAUUGUGCAACGAUUAUAAAGGCAAACUGCUGUUGAUAUACAGCACACUCUUCUAACUCAAGGGAACAGUUCAAGAGGUGCUCCUGACUGUAGCCGUGUGGAUGCAGAAGAUGCUGGGAUGUAAGGAAACGAGGGUGAGGUACAAGCUGACCCUGGCUACUGGCCUGCUGGAGUGUUUGUGUUUCGCUGGCAUUGUGUUUGGUUGGGCAUCUCUCAUGUUUGUAUUGAAGUCAGAGGGCUACUUCAGUGACAUGUGCGUCAAUGUGACAAACACUAGUGGAGAAAACUCAGAUUGCAGUCCGCAGGAUGAGAAUUUCUCAUUAGUCUUUACUGUUGCCUCGUUCAUGAACAACUUUCUCACUCUGCCCAAUGGAUUCUUCUACGACCACUUUGGUACAAUGGCAACGCGGCUUCUGGCAAUAAUUCUUUAUACCACAGGAACCUUGCUAGUGGCACUAUCCAACGAAGCUCUCUCUCUCUUGCUUUUUCCUGCUCUAUCCUUCAUAGCUGCGGGGGGGAUUCUAUUUCUAAUGACGAAUAUGCAGGUGGGGAACCUGUUUGAUACUCAUAGGUCCACCAUUAUAACAAUCUAUAAUGGGGCCUUUGACUCUUCAUCGGUUAUUUUUCUCAUUAUUAAGGUGCUGUAUGAGAGAGGAGUUUCUCUUCGCUCCUCUUUUUUCUUCCUCUCAGCUUGUAAUGUCAUUCAUCUCCUCCGGACUGUCUUUCUCAUGCCGAAGUCACACAUUCCCUAUCCAGUCCCAGAGAACUACACGUAUGGCCUGAGCUGUGCCAAAUCAAACAACUACAAUGUUGAAGAAUACGAGGCAGAGCGAGAACAGAGUUUAGAUAAAGGUGGAUGUGAAGAUGAUGAGCCACUGGAGACUGCAGACUCGCCAGACAACUCUGAGAAAGUGAGCUUAAAGAGCUGUGUUUUGUCCUGGUUCUUCUUGUGGCAUCUGGUAUGGCUGUCAGUCAUGCAACUUCGACAUUAUUUCUUCAUUGGGACUCUGAAUCCAAUGCUGAACAGACUGGCCGAUCAAGACCCAGUUACUGUGAGUCAGUACACCAAUGCGUUUGCCUUCACUCAACUUUGUGGAGUUCUCUGCGCUCCCUGGAAUGGCCUUCUAAUGGACAGACACAGAAGAAGACCACUAGCUCCAGGCCUGUCAGAACGAGAAGCAGACCUGCGCUCCUCCAUUCUGUCUCUCCUCCUCACCUCCCUCCAGUGCCUCCUGUUUUCCAUCUUUGCCAGCGUUCCCCUCCUCCCUAUCCAGUAUCUCACCUUCAUCCUUCAGGUCCUCAACCGUUCCUUUUUAUAUGGAGGCAAUGCUGCAUUCAUCAGUAUAGCGUUUCCUGCCCAUCAUUUUGGAAAGCUAUAUGGUCUGGUGAUGUCUCUGUCUGCCAUGGUGUCUUUGCUACAGUAUCCAUGCUUUGCUCUCAGCACAGUUCUUGGAGAUCCCUUUUAUGUGAACAUCAUAUUAACUGUCCUGACUCUACUGGCCUUCAUACACCCUCUUAAUGUUUUCCUUCGCUGCAGAGAGCUGACAAAACAGAGAGAGAACUUAAAGAGCAUGUCAGAGUCCUCAAUAACAGAAACAUCAAUGUAUUAACUUAAAUCAUGGCUUUAACACAUAGGAGUACUUGUGAUAUGAUUAUGCAUAUCUAUCUAUCUAUCUAGGUAUUUUGUAAAAUGACAAAAGGAAAACAUUUAAAAUUAUGCAUUCACAUUACUUUGUAUCACCACUGUCUUUCUAAAGAUAAAAAAAACUCAGAAAUGAAACGUGAUAGCCAGAAAUGUAAUAUAAUUUAAUAAAAUGUAAUUUAAUUAUUAAAUAUUUACAACCUUUAUCAGUGCAGAAACUACAAUUAAAUACAAUAAAAGUUUAUUACUUUGUUGUUAAUGAACAGAGCAAUAUUUAGAAAAAAAACAUUGGUUUACACACAAUAAUGGAACAUAUCUUAUGGUGAAAUGGGAUUCAGAGACAUGGGUCCUAAAAGAGCUCCAAAAAAUGUUGUGUGAUAGCCAAUUGUGCAUCAGGAGGAAUGCUAAUAACCCUUCCUUUACUGGGAAAGCAUUAACACAGCUUUCGAACCAUCAUGGAGUUUGAAAGCUGUGUUAAUUAGCCAAUGGCCUGCUGUCCGAAACAAAUAAUACUGAUUGAUUACUGCCGCUGCGUGCCAUCCCACAAUGCAUCUCACAGGUUCAAAAAAGUGCAUUCAGUUGACUGAUCAAGAAUUUUAUGUAAAGAUUUGACAGAAAACAUGCUGCAGGCUAUGGUUUGCACUAGAUGAAUUUUUUUAUUGAUUUGUUUUGGUCUACAGUCUGAUUUGUAUGGUCUUAUUUUAAGUCAUAGUUUACAUCAUUGAAAAUUUGGGAAAAACAUGAAUGAAUAAAAGAUUUAUGGAACACUUUCCCCCUUUGUCAUCAAAACAAGCAAGUGUAUGAAAAAGGUCUUUUGGAAAAGCACUAUGGUUUAAAUAAGUAGCAAUUACAAGGUUUUUAUUUAAAAAAUAUGUACUGCAUUACACUUCUCACAACUCCCUUUUUCGUACAUUCUCAAAGUUAGCGAGACAUCAUUCGCACAAACUCUGUGAAGGGAAAGAUAAAAAAUAGGUUUAGCUGUUCAUGCAUAAAAUUAAAUGCUGCUUUAGGUGAAAAAUAUGCAACUUUAAACCCUUAUCCAUAAUAAAGGAUGGGCAUGUUUUAGGUUUAGACUAGUUUGAGUUCAUUAUGUUAUCUCAGACUAAACUGUGAUCACUGGCAUUCGGGCCUACAACUCAUU